GGGACCAGCCGCAGCAUGACGGGCAAAGCGGGGGACGCGCUCGCCCACAGCCUGCCGAGCAAGCCCAAAGCCCCCGACGGCGCCCCUCUUCCGCCGGCCUCAGGCCCCCCAGGGGCAGGGGGCGCGGCGGGGGCGGCCGCAACCCCGGGGGCCAAGCCCACCUCUGGCCCCACGGCGCCUCGCUGCACGGGCUUCGGCAUCCAGGAGAUCCUGGGCUUAAACAAGGAGCCGCCUUCGCACCCUCGCGCAGCCCUGGACUCCUUACCCGCCGGGCAUCUGCUGGCGGCCCGCUCCGUCCUCAGCCCCGCCGGGGUGGGCAGCGUGGGCAUGGGCUUGCUGAGCGCCGGCAGCCUCCCGGGCUUCUACGCGCAGCCCACUUUCCUGGAGGUGCUGGCCGACCCGCCCAGCGUCCACCUGCAGCCGCUGGGCCGAGCCCCCCCGCAGCUGGACACCAGCCAGACGGCCAGCUCAGAUUCCGAGGAUGUUUCCUCCAGCGACAGAAAAAUGUCCAAAUCCUCCUUAAACCAGAGCAAAAAGCGGAAGAAGAGACGGCACAGGACAAUCUUCACAUCCUAUCAAUUGGAAGAGCUGGAAAAAGCCUUCAAUGAGGCCCAUUAUCCUGAUGUCUAUGCGAGGGAGAUGCUGGCUAUGAAAACAGAACUUCCUGAAGACAGAAUACAGGUUUGGUUUCAGAAUCGAAGGGCCAAAUGGCGGAAGAGGGAGAAGUGCUGGGGCCGGAGCAGUGUGAUGGCAGAAUAUGGGCUCUAUGGUGCAAUGGUACGUCACUCCAUCCCUCUGCCGGAAUCCAUCCUCAAAUCGGCCAAGGAUGGCAUAAUGGAAUCCUGCGCUCCUUGGCUGUUGGUUCAAGAUGGCUUUCCCAUGCCCAGGCGCUUUUCUAAACCCGAAUACCAACAAUUCUUUUUAGGGAUGCACAAAAAAUCUCUGGAGGCAGCGGCUGAGGCAGGAAGGAAGCCAGAGGUGGAGCGCCAGGCCCUGCCCAAGCUUGACAAGAGUGACAAGGAAGAAAGGGGCCCAGAUUCCAAAACCACCAUUUCCCAGGAGGAACUGAGAGAGAACAGCAUUGCUGCCCUCAGGGCCAAAGCUCAGGAGCACAGCACCAAAGUCCUGGGGACCAUCCCUGGAGAUCCGCCAACCCCAAUCAGGAAGCCGGAGAAAGAGGAAGAAGCAGCCACAGCAGAGGAUGAACAGCAAAUGGAAAAGUCAGAUUUAUCACAAGAGGAAGAGAAGCUGAUUUAGAGGGAAGGGGAUGAUGGGAAAUCAGCCAUCUCCUCAAAGACUGACUCCUCUUGGGGCUACAGCCUCCUCUGAGACCAACAGGGUUCCUCCUGCAGCCCCUACACACAUGGAGGGAGGCCCCAUUUGGUCUAUGUGUAUUUCAGGAAGCCACAGGCUCAGGCCAUGAUCUGUCAGGUGUGUCUAGAGACUGAUCCCCCUCAGGAGCACAUUGCCCCAGCUCGCCCGGCCCUCAGGAGCACUCUUGCUCUGCAAUCUCCCCCCAUUUCAAGGGGCCAUAUGCCAUCAGCAUCUUAGUGCAAGAGGAAAAUCCAGCUAGUUAGGGCUGUGACUUCCUCAACACCAGCCACUAAACCAAUGUUAGAUCUUUCUUCUCCUUAGCCUUUGUUGUCCCGUUCCACCUCACCCGUUCAAUGAGUAUUUGUCAUUUCACUAUACAGUAUCCCAUUGUCAGAGCGAGUCUCUUUCUCAGUCUGCUUGUUAGCUUUCCCAGAGAAUAACUACCCGUUGUUCAUUUUUAUAUGUUACUUUAUGUAACUAUAUACAUAUUUUAAACUGCCUAUUGCCUAGCAUUGAACAAAAAACAAAAUAGGAAGCCACUCUCUCCAAAAGUCAGGCUAAAUGUAAAACUGGCCAGGUGGCAACCCUACCUCAGACUGAGUCUUAGUGUAGUAUCAGAAUGUCUGUUGAUGAAAGAGGCCUAGGCACUCUUCCAGUGCAAUGAGAAAUAUCUUUAAAUAUGCCCCCACUGCUGUGGCUUGUUUAUAGCACCCAGAUUGCAGCAUCCCAAAAUCUUGAUCUAUGGUCCUCGAGUGGCGACAAUAUUUUUCCCUUUAGCCCAGAUAACGCCAGGGGGAAAUCCAUGGAAACAGUUACAUAUAACCUUGAGUUGAUUCUAAUGGUGGCUUAAAUUUUCCAUAUGUGUUUUUCCUUGGGGAGUCCCAGAUCAUUUUGAAAUGGGAAAGGAGCACUUAAUUACCAAAAAGAGAGGUGUCAGGGCUCAAGGCUGCUUGGAUGUCAUAUUCUCUGAACUAGCAGCUUUGCCACACAUCCUCCCCCACCCCAGAUCUUGCCGGUUUAAUUUGUGAAAAGAGAAAUGCAUUUUGCAUAUACUUUUCUGUUAACAUAUUCCAGUAGUGAUAACCAGACAACUGGAGUCUGGACAGAUGGUUCAUGGUUCAUUGUUCAUGGAAGUAAAGAUAUUGAGAAAAACAGUCUUGUUCUCAGAUAACCACAUUUCUAGGGAGGAGCUUUCCCCUUGUUUUUAAAAUGGUAUAAGUCUUAGGGUUGUACAUCACUGAAUUCCUCAGAACAUGAAUGUAUGAACUGAUUCUAUUAUAAUACAUUAUGUAUAAGGAGAUAUGGAGUUCUUUCAGUGGCAUUUGAGCUGUGAUGCUCAUUUUACACAUGCAGGUUAUGUGGUACUACAGUCAUUAAAUGAUGAGGAUGGAUGUGUGGAACAGCCCAUAUAAGGCAGACUACUUGCGUGCACUGCACAAAUCCUGGGCUUGUGCAGGUAAAAUAUUAGCUGAACAAUUUGUUCAAUGUGAGUAAUGUGAAAUAAAGCACUUGUGGACAGCUUGGUGUCUCAGAGUAAAAGGGAGCAUUCGCACAUUCAGUGACUUUCAUAGGCAACUAACUCAGACUCUGACAUGAAGUCACACACACUGUCAUAAGAAAUCCCCUCAGUUCCAUAGGAACAUUGCCCCUCUGUUCAUCUUCUGUGAAGGCCCCAGGACAGCCAGUUCCAUGUUCCCUUCCCUGUCCUUGUUUCCAACAAGAGCUGUCUUUACCUGAAGUUGCUGUUUUGUUUAUGAUUGAUCUUCCCUUCCCACAUAAUCCCUUUCAGUCUUUGUUCCCCAGUUCUUUGGCGUGUUAGAUUAUAGCCCAUGGUGUGUAAAUAAUGUACAGAUGGUGAGAAAAGUUGGUAUUUGAGGUGUUUAAGAUACAAAGUUGUAACAACUUCUAGUCAUUUGAAACCUGUGAUUUAUGUGCCAUUUUCUGUAAAGAUAUAAAUCAGAAUAAAACAGAACUAAAGAUGGGCAGAA